AUGAAACCAGUUAAGCCGUAUUAUGCGAUGACUCCCCCAGGAUUUAUCUCGCUGGCGCCUGAGUUGAUCCAUGCUGUUGCAGACGAGCUCCUCGUGGGUGACCUGAAAGAGUUGCGUCUCACUUGUAGGCAGUUGGGAUACCUUCUCUCAGCUCAGGUCCUGCGAAAGCUGGUGUUCGAUUUUAACUUCUCCAACCUCGAAACGAGCGUCGAGAAGUUGGAGAUCCUGUCCAAAGGAUGCCCAGCCGCUGCGCAAGGGAUCAGAGAGCUAGUCCUGCGUUCUCUUUCAGUAGACAGCAAUCGAAUACCUAACGAACACCAUACACCCGAGCCCUCGCUUUUCGACAGCGUGCUCCAGAAGUACCUCUUUCGCGCCUUGAGCUCGCUCAAGUCUGUAAGAUCAGUUAGGUGGUUCUCGUCUGAGAGCGACUCUGAUUGGAUCCAAACGACGGUGGUAGCAGCUCUAACUGAGCUCCCGAACUUGACAAGGAUAAGUAUUGAUAUCCGAUACUGGAAGACAGCCCUACCCAUCCGUAAUCUGCAGGGUCUGACGGAGAUCGCGCUGUCGGGGAGAUGUAACAGCGCCAAUUGCUACGAGGCGACGAUCGACAAUAUUGCAAAGUUAAUCACCCGUUCUCCUCGCCUCUCUUCCCUCAGUGUAGAGCCCUGGCGUGAGUACUACGGGCCUAUCAAAAAUUGGAGCCUUCAGGACCUCCUUCAGGGAUUCCCUAGCAAUAACCCACCAUUGCCAUUGACGCGCCUACGCCUCUGUGGGGCCGUCGUCAGCCUGGACUCAGCCACACUCAGCCACCUCAGACAUCUCGUUUCCUUGGACUUGCAAGAUGUAUGCAACCUGGACGACACGUCCGCCUUUUCCAAGGAGUUUACAUCAAGUCCGCGGGACGAUAUCUGGGCUGCCCUGCUCGCCUCAGGCAUCUGGCUGGAGAAGAUUAAGGUCGAUUUCAUUACUGAGUCCUUUCUAGAAUACCUCGCCUCGUAUUCUGGCCUCAAGGCACUCUGCGUAAUCCCGGCCAACUUUCAAGAUGACGCCUCUUCUGAUGAAAUGGCAGUCAAGUUCUUUGGUCCCGCACUUCUGUCGCACUUACAGAGCCUGGAGUGGCUUGAAAUCUUGCCACAAAAUAAGGGCAGAUGGUGCUUUAGCAGCAAAAAUGCAUCUUUUAUCACCAAUUUUGAAGAAUUGUCCCGCCUCCACAUGACGGUGACUACGGCAAAUUUGAAUAUCGACAAGGACCAGAAAAAUAUCGUGGAGCUCUUUAUCAACACCGCUGUAGGCAAUCUUCCGAGAUUGGAGAAUUUGGAUAUCUCGGCCGCGCUUCCUCGACGAAGGGGCGUACCGCGUUGUGGGUUUGGUCUCGCGAGACUCUCCAGAUCCACAUAUCAGACAAUGGUCAAGGAAGUAGAGAAAUACAGGGCGCCUCAAGCUUUCAGCCGGCUGCCUCUAUUGAUGGCAAGUCGAACUCUAUUCGAGCAGGAGAUAUUUUCCAUGGGGCUACGUAGCGGACAUCGCGCCCUUAGAUAUACACAGGUGGCGCGUGAGGAUUAUCCAGAGGAAGAAAAAUGGGAACUUUAA